AAACCAGUGAGGCUACAAGACAAGUGAGCUACAGCUGUAUGACAGAGCUCCUUUUGCUCCGUGCAGUAAGAAAGAAUUACUAUAGCGUCAUGGGGGGAGUGGGUGAGGAGGAGUUAAGGUGCUGUAGUAUAUAAUUGUGUGUGGUUUUUUGGUUUUUGUUUGUUUGUUUUUUAAUUAUAUAUUUGAUUUUAUUAUAUUAUUUAUUCUGUUGCAUACUUUAAGAGACACCUAUAAGAAUUGCUUUUCCUUCCUGUAACUUUUUCUACCCUCUUUGAAAGAACUGUAAUAACCAUGUAAAUAGUAAUGAUGGUUGCAAGUCAGUUGUAUAUUUGCUUUGUGUAGUGUACGUGCCAGAUUUGGAUCAAAAUUGUCUAGGUAUGUAGAAAAAUAGUCUUAGCUGAGGCAUAAACAAAGUGCAGCAUAUUUGAAAUGUAUGGAGAUACUUGUCCUAGGGGGCAAAGACAAACGAAAAUUCUUGUUUCAGAAAAUUACCUCAUGGCUUUCUUUUUUUUUUCUUGUAACCAGUUAAUAGAUAGGAUUUAGAAUGUUUGCAUAACACAUCCUCUACUUGUAACGUAAUCGGUAGUUUUCUAAGUUUUAAUAGCGUGUAAAUACUCAGCCACAUGUAAAUCCUGGCUAAUAGCUGGAGGAACUUAGUAAGUGUCCUUGAAGAGAAUGUGUGCUGUUUCAGAACGCUGUCUAUGAACAAUCUUAAUGCAGAUAACUGUGACAGCAGAAAGCUGUCCUGCAGGAUUUAUUCUCAUCUUCUCCACAAUAGUUUGACCCUUUUCUCCAUCAUCAGAAAGAACCUGAGAUGCAUAAGCUUUGCUUAUUCUGUGCUCUAUCUGCUCAGUGCUGUCUUCUGUAGUAUGGCAAGUACUGUAGUUAGCCUCUUUUUGCAGUAGCCACGGGGACCAGUUCCAUUUUGUGGCUGUUUCAGAAGUAUAUUGGACCUUUGCCGCUGGAAAUGUACUCUUAAUAUGAUCGUUGAUAUUAGCUGGAUCUCUGUGUUGUAUCUGUAGAAACUCCCUCUUAAAAACAGAGCAUUUGUUUUUAAGUGAAUUAUUACAUUUCUUCAAUCAGCUUUUUUUCUUUUUCUUUUUUCUUUUUUUUUUUAAUCCAGGUUUUCUUAUUCAAAUCAUCUGCUUCUCUUUUUUACAUUAAACUUCAUUAUCAGAUUUUCCUCCCUCUCAAAGCAGAAGAUGCUUUUUGUGGUUAAAGUACAGGGCUGGAUUUCAGGAAAUCAAGGGUUCAGUUUCUAGUUCAACCACAAAUUUCCUGUGUGAUUGCUCCCUAUCUCUGCUUUGGUUCCUCACAGAUGUAGCGAUGAUAUUUUACACAUUCGCAGGUUAGCAGGGCCCAUCUUGACCUUUUAAUCAGAUAUCCUGUGUAACGAAAAUGAAAGAAUUUAGCUGCUUGCAGAAAUUACAGAGUUUGUUUCAGCUGUAAUAUCUCAGAAGUCUAACCAGUCUUCAUUUUGUUAAAGAUCCCAGCUAGCAAAGAUCCCCUAGCACACCACCCUCACCAUUAGUAAUCUUCAGUGGUAAAGUUUUUUGUUUUUUGGUUUUUUUUAAUAUUAUAUUUUUUCCCUUCUUAGUUUGACUUACACCCUCAAGAAACACAUAGAUGUGGAACUAAAGAACAUGGUUGGUGGUACAUGGAAGGUUGAACUAGAUGAUCUUAGAGAUCUUUUUCAACCUUUAUGAUUCUAUCUCAUGCCCUUUUUCCCAAAAGUAAAAGUCUGGGCUCAGUACAAUUUUUAGAUCAGCUAAUCCAUUUCUUAAUAAUUUGUUUUGGCAAAAUUAGAAAAGUCUCUAACCCUGUGUUUAACAUAGCUCAUUAUUUGGACUAAGGUGGCACUAAAUGGUUGGAUUACUCUGUGCAUGAAUCAGCCAUACUGUGCACGUAGAAGAGGCCAUAUUUUCAGAAUAGCUUUAUUUUAAAAAUUUAAUCCUAUUUAUUUCCGGUGCUGUAUGGCCAGGAGUAGACUACUGCAAUUUACUGCGGUGACAUUUUAUUUUCUGGAAAUAGUUUGGAAAAAGGUACUCUGAGCUGAGUUUGCGGUGGCCACUUGUUGCCCUAAGGUUUUACUGUGUGGAUUUGUAGCACAGUGCACACAUCCUGAGCCAAAACAGUUAACAUGGCACAAACUUCUGCAGAAGAGCCUUCAAGAAAGACAGGCACUAGAAACAGGCUGCUAACCACGGAGUGAAUGCCCUUUCCAUGAUAAGUUCAUUCUGACAUGUAUAGACAUUCUGGAUUUUUGUUCUGACCCUUCUUCACUGUUAAGUUCUGGCAAUGCAGAUUAGUUAAAGCACAGCUACAACUGCCUUUUAUUUUAGCACAGUAUUUUGCUCCAGCAUAUAUAUCCAAAUGCUCCACUUCUGUUUCAACAUGGAAAUCAUAUUGAGAGCUCAUGUUCAGAGGGAGUCAAUGCCAUCUCACAUCUCCUAAUGGGCAGUCCUAACCCGAGGACCCCACUUUAGUAAUACCAUGACUUAAGGAGCUGAAGAAACUACACUUCACACUUGCCUUAAAGCAAUGUCAGUAACACUGGUUACUGUAAGGUUAACAGAACCUUAUUGACAUUGCUUUAAGGCAAGUGUGGUGCCUGAUGUGCUGAGCUGACAGGGCCUGGCCCCAAGGCACCACUUGCCCAUGAAAUCCACGAGCUAGUCCCCGAAGCCAGCAUGCUUCUUUGUUUUCUAAACUCAACUUUCUGAGAUGUUGCUUUGAUGCCUUUCAAGGUCUAAAAUAUUGAAGCUUUGCUUUACUACGAUAAAAUGUUAAGUUGUACGACUAUGUAAAUAUAUAGGCAGUUUGUGCUUUUCCCCAUGACUGAUCUGUCACUGUCAUUAUUUAUCGUUCCACUACAUUUCUCUCACUGCAAAAUUCAACAAUUGUAUUUUCCUUUUAAUCACUUAAAUGCUUGUGAAACUGUAGAAUAGCAUGACAUCAAAACCAGACUGAUCCCUUUGAUACUUGAAUAGAAACACCUGUUGAAUUAAGAAUUUCCCAGGUGUGAGUUGUUCUGAUUUUUCUCCUCUCUCCUUUGAAGGUCUCAUCUGCCAGAACGAUGAGUAAGCCAAAGUCAGAUGUCUUACAGAAGACCUCUGUGUCACUGCAAUUAUUUUGUCAGCCCAAAUAGUGAACCCCUUUAAAGAUGUGGGAGCUAGAAACAGCCUAUUUUCUGUAGAAGUAAUGAGAUUGAUGCUAAUUAUAUAUCUGUCAGCUUUUUUCUUGUAUGUUAAUGACCACAGAGACCUCACUGGACAUUUUUUUCCCAGUAUUCUUGGACAGCUAGUUAUGACUUUCAUUUUCUCACUUUGUUUCAUUUUCUUAUACAGACUGCCUUCUCUGGCUGUCAUAUAAUAUUUGGAACGCAGUAAUAGAAUGGUAACAUUCUGAUAUCUGGUGAUACCUCAAGGCACGUCUGUUUAGUUCGAGUAACUGCUUAUUAUGUGCCCAAAACCUACUUUAAUGCAUCUUAAAUUUCCUUCAAAAUGUAGUCCUGUUUACACUUUAACCUUUAAAACAGAUACAGACAGGGUAUGAUAUGGUAUUCUGCUCUCAUUCCACUGUAUACUGGUUUCUGUAUCACUUUUCAAGGUAUGUAGGCAACUUUUAGAAGCAUGUUAAGGUAUGUGGUAUGCAUUUCUUUUUUUCUCUCCUUUUAGGAAAAUAAUGACUUGUCUGUUCAGGAUACUGAAUAAUUGAUAGGGGUGACAAAGCAAGUAAAAGAGUACCUUGGAUUGCAGUGGGAGUUGAUAAAGCCCUUAAUGUCAUCAAUUUCCCACAGUCUUAAGAAACAGAUGUGGGAAAGACUACAGAAUUUUUUUGCUUUAUUUAUGCUCCUUCUUUCUCCUUCCCAACAGUAUCAACUUGAUCAAAACUAUUCUGACAGGUAGCGUCAGAAGAUGCAACUCACUUGCACAGUAUUUGAACAGACCUUUGAAAGCUCUCUUUCUUAUGCAGUUCAAGUUUACUUAUGUGGCCAAAAAUUGUAGUUUGCAGUGGGGGAUGACCUGUUGAUUUUAGUCCUGAUUAUUAUUCUUUUUUUAUCUUUUUUUCUGGUCCAGAUCACUGAAACCCUUAAUGAAGGAGUAAUUUUUAUUUAUUUUAUUUUAUUUUAUUUUAUUUUUUUUUGUGAGAAGACAAUACAAGAAGCAUUCACGUGUGUUUGGGAUGUUUUAGUAGAAGAAAAGAAUUCCUAAUGCAGGAGCUUAAGAUGGAAGGAUCAGUGAAAUAUUAAAAAGAGAUUAACUGAGGCCAUGCACAAAGGAUUCACCUGAAAAACUUUAGCAUGCAUGUUUAAUGUUCCCUCUUUGAAAUUCUCUAAACAUUAUUUUUCUUCUACACUCAUCGGCUCUUCUUUCCCCUCUCUUAUGCCUUCAUAUUUUCUAGUUUUCCCCUUCCUUCUAGGUCUCCUCUCCUUCAGUCUGUGUCCCCAUGUGCAUCAACGCAGGUCCUUGAAUUCUACAGUGGGGUCUCAUUUAUCAGAUGAGUUUGAUUAGAAGUCAUCCUUUCCAAGUGUGUGAUGAAUUGAACUGCAGACUCUGCCACUUCAUACACGUACAUUACAACCAGUAAUUUGUUAUUCAUACCUGAGAAUAUUUUUCACCAUUUUGUUUAGGAAAACACAAGAAUUGGUAUUUCAAUAAGUUGCCACUUCUGAAGGCUUACAGUCCCUUCAGAUAUGUAUGCAUAUAUGUAUAUAUACUAUACAUAUAUAUACUGUAUACAUAUAUGCAUAUACUUAAAGACACACAUAAUGUCAUAUGCUUAUCUCCUUUAAGUAGCUCUCAGAGAUAUGCUGCAAGGAAACUUUAUGUUGUUUCUGCACUUCUAGAUAAGGUUUUAAAUACCCAUGGUACCGGUCGUGCCUAAAUUUAAAGAUAAUGGGAAAUGGUGAAAGCAAGUUGCCUCAAAAAUAAAUAGCUGAAAAUGAAAGGAGGAAGGCAGACUGAGCAAGCAGCUCAUCAGAAAGUACUCAUUGCCAGAAUGCAGCUCAGAAAGGAGAAAGCUAAAUGGAGACUGAAUCAGAUGUUCGCUCUGUACAUUAGGUUUAAUGGUUGUAUCAACGGCUUCAUAUGACAGGAAAUGAUCUGGGCGUUUUGUUCACUUAUUCUGGAUGCCCUUAGUUUCACAGAGCAACGAGUAACAUGGAUUGCACCUCGGAAGGGGACAGCUGAACUCUCCCUCUGGCUUUAGUGAGGAAAGAGCAGCGAUGAAAUCCGUGGACUGUGUGCACGUCAUCCAGCAGAAGGAUACCGCCUCCUCUCCCUCUGGCCCCCCCGGUGCUGCUUCAGGCACCACGGGACUUUUUUCUGUCACAUUCCUGUGGCUUGCAAUGCUCCUGUCCUCUUGUCUUGCAGCAGUGUCUCUUUACCAUGCAAUCACCCUGAAAACAGAGCUAGAAGCUCUGCGCAGUGAGCUGAUCUACAGGGUCCGGGCAAGGUCUCCACUAGAGCAGCCACCCGUGUCUCCUGGUGACAAGAAAGCAGGUGCCUCUGUUUCUUCCUUCCUGCAAGUGUCUGCAGCUGGCGCCAGGCAGGAGAACAGGCUGCCUGGCCCUAGCCCAGCUGAAAGUUUCCAAACGGAAAUCUGGGACAGGAACAGAAACAGGGGGAGAAGGUCUAUUGUCAACGCAGAAGAAACAGUGCUGCAGGCCUGCUUGCAACUGAUUGCUGACAGCAAAAGUGAUAUCCAACAGAAAGAUGAUUCAAGCAUUGUCCCUUGGCUUCUGAGCUUUAAGCGUGGAACAGCUCUGGAAGAACAGGGAAAUAAAAUAGUCAUCAAAGAAACAGGAUAUUUUUUCAUAUAUGGCCAGGUUUUAUAUACUGAUACAACAUUUGCAAUGGGGCAUCUAAUACAGAGGAAGAAAGCCCACGUGUUUGGUGAUGAUCUCAGCUUGGUGACAUUAUUUCGUUGCAUCCAAAAUAUGCCACAGUCUUAUCCGAAUAAUUCUUGCUAUACUGCUGGCAUUGCAAAAUUAGAAGAAGGGGAUGAACUUCAACUUACAAUACCACGAAGAAGAGCUAAAAUAUCCUUGGAUGGAGAUGGUACUUUUUUUGGUGCAGUUAGACUCCUCUGAAGCCCUUUAUUUUUGUUACUGUGCUUAGCGCCAUUUUCUUCUUCUUCCAAUGCACUUGUCAAAGAAAAACGAAAUUGAAUUCUACUAUAACUGCUGAUUCAGUCUUUCUCCUUCCACCAUCAGCUUCUGAAACCUGUUCUUUGGUCUAAUAAGCAAACCCAAAACAGGAAGUAGACCAGACGUACUUGUAAGAUAAAGACGUCAUGUGAUUACCAGAAAGACAAUUCAUUUUACACAAUGGGAGACCCUAAACAACAGCUAUAAGGACGUGGUUUUUUGGCUUUGAAGUAAUUUCUGUGAAGCAAAUCAAACUGUGAAUGUGAGAUCUAUGAACAGGACCAUCCUGUUUUUAUACAGAAAUGCAAAACUAAAACGCAAGUGCAUCUUACUUUGCUUUGUUUCACCAAAAGAAAAAAAGAAAAGAAAACAACAACAACAACAACAACAAAAACCUCUAAAAACAUAACUGAAGCAUAGAGUACAAGGAAGGAUAAUGAAACAGUAUAUUCCUCACUCAUCACAAAACAGUGGUGUCAGCUGGUUUCUGCUUAUUUUUGUUGUUUGUUUCUUAGUUUGACAUAGAGAUUUGUUUGGGGAAGGAAAAAAAUCUAAAAGCACAGGAUAAUGAAGCAAACACUCUUAAGUAUGUAGAAUGGUAGCCACUGCCUCGCUUCUUCCCUGCGGACAAAAGGACGUUACUAAAAUCUAUUAGUGUUUACUAAUUAAGAUGAGUUUUAUUGGAGAUAAGAUACAUAAGGUGCUUUGACAGCUCAAUCUUCAGAGAAUAUGUGCAUAUAUACAUGCAAACAAGAUGGGCAUAGAAAGAAACACAAUGAAAUUAGGCUCAGUACAGUAGGACAAAGUGGAUUUCUGACUUCAUAGUUUCUGCACUCAUAUAUAAAUACGUGUUCUGUGUGUAUAAAUAUAUAUAUGCAGUACAUAUAUAUAUAUAUGUGAAAGUAUAUACACACAUAGAUGAGCCUUUGGCAUUUAGGUAUAGGAUCCUAUCUUCUUUUGGCCAGCUUAUCCAAUGGAAAUAUUGCUGCAUACACAUUUGUUGUAUUUGUCUCGCUUUUGCUGUUAUCCAUGCAAAGGAAUACUGUAAAAAGAAAAAUCCAACAAACAUGGAACCAGCCAUGCAAUUAAUAAGAUACAUUUACUGCCCAUAGAUCUGGCCUCAAUCACUAGAUACAGAUAUAGAUACUUCUGUGCAAUUUUGAAGAAGAGGCUUUGGGGAGACCUGAUAGUAGCUUUUCAGUCUCUUAAAGGAGGCUAUAAGGAAGGAGACAGACUGUCUAGCAGAGUCUGUGGUGACAGGAGAAGGGGAAACGGUUUCAAACAAAAUGAAGGGAAAUCUAGACUGGAUAUAAGGAAGAAUUUUUUUUUACAAUUAGGGUGGUGAAGCACUGGCACAGGUUGCCCAGAGAUGAGAUGGAUGCUCCAUCCUUAGAGACAUUCAAGAUCAGACUGGAUGGGGCUCUGGGCAACUUUACUGAGCUGUAGGUGUCUGUGUUCAUUGCAGGGCAGUUGGACUGGACGACCUUUAGAGGUCCCUUCCAGCUCAACACUUCUAUGAUUCUAUGGAAAAAAUAAUAAUAAAAAGAAAUAGAAAAAACAACCAACCAACACAAAGGCAGAUCAGUAGAAGGACAGAUCAGAGUUUUUUGUUCCCUCUCAUCUGUUCACUCUGUUCAGAUGAUGAGAUUUUUUUCUUUCCCCAUCCAAAAAUCCAUAUGUACUGCAUCUAAUAGGGUGGUUCAGGGCUUCUAGGAGCUACUGUAAUGAAUACAUUGAAUACUUAUACCGUUGGUCUGCGAAGAAAUAUGAAUGUGAUACUGAAAUAGGUAAAACGAUAAGAGCCAUAGUAAUGAACUGUGCUUCGUUUGGAAGUGUAUUUUUAGAGGUUGAGAAUUUUGUCAUAAAAUCUCAUUUAGUAAAGAAAAGUUGCUUUGUAUGUUGCAGUAUCCUUGCCUGUUUUUAUAAAUAGUGCUGACUGAUUUGAUUGAGUUCUUAUGGUGACAGAAAAUAAACAAAACAGAUUUGGAGCUCAGAGUAACGGACUGUGGUGAACUAAUGAAAGAUUAAUCCAACUCCUCUGUGCUUCAAAAAGACAUUUCAACAAUGAGGGUACAUGCAUUGGGUUACCAUACUGAGAGUUUUGUGAGGCCUAAGUUUUCAAAAUGUAUGGAAGACCUCUGUAUACAAGUAUAUAAAAAUAUGUGUUCUUUAUUUAUGUAUCCUGGAGGUAAAACUGAAUUUUAUUGUUGUUUUGUAACUGCAAUACUAAGUUUACAGGAAAGAGGUCUGAAAUCCUCUACUGGAAUCCUCAGUUCAGCCAAAGUUUGUGUGAUGCUGCGUGUAAAUAAAGCAGUUAUUAGCGUGCACCAAGCUGGCUCUUAUUACUGAAGUACAUUAAAGAGAUGCACAGAAUCCUGAAUCAGAUCCUUUUUGGUUUUAGUGUUGAAUGUUUAUACGAAAGGGAAAAAAAAGUUACUGUUUUCCUUUAGACUUGAUGUUUAAAUGUGCAGAAUCACCUUUUGGUAUGUAAGUUUUCCCUAGGGUUUCAGUAGGCCUGUGUAUCCUUCAUGUAAGCCAAUUCUGAACCACAGUGGACUGGCAUCAUAUAAGAUGUAGCUUUGAUACUUUAUUUUAAUAAAGUAAUAUUUUAAAUAUUU